GUGACUCUGUGUAAAUGCGGUGCGACUUCGGCGGCCAAGAUCAAAGCCUUGGUUGCGAGGAUUCACGAGCUCGAAGAGGAACUGGAAGCUGGCCGUGCGGCCGCGCAACAGCUAAGACGCGAUAAAGUGAAUUUGACCAUUGUGCUCGAACAAGAACAAGAGGCGAUGUUCCACAACUUCACCCGACAGAUCAACCAGCUUAACGCAGAAAAAAGAACUCUUGAAGAGCGCAUAAAACAGCUGGUCAGUGAAAAAAACGAAGCCCAGCCGCUCGCUGGUGACCCCGUUCUUUCGCACGACAUUGCUGCUGGGAUGGAAGUGCGCAAACUGCGCGAAGAGUGGCAAGAUCAGAACAAGGUCAUCGAAUUUCUGCGACAGACUAUUUCCAAGCAGCAGCAGCACCUUGAUGAAGUGGAAGCAAAAUAUCAGCUCGAGUUGCUGGGUCUGCGUGAGAAAUUUGAGGAGGCGAGCGAGGCGAGUCGUCAAGCACGUGAUGCUAUCCAGGCUGCUUUGGAUCAGUCUGUGAAGAGUUGGCGUACUUAUUUUGUCGAAGAGUACGCUCGUGAAAAGAAAGCGGCUGAGGCGAUGACGGAGCUGAUCAGACGUUUGGAAAAACCGAACCACAUGGCGCCCAGCUCCGGAGCAGCGGCUGAGCCAGCCAGCAACAACGCUCACUCUGUGACUAGCGAUGGAGGCUUUGACACUGAUGAGGAGUCGGUCGACGAAUUCGUGGCACAUUCAGCAAAUGAGAUUUCGGUUGGUUUUGGCAGCUUGUAUUUGUACCCUAAGACGGAUGAUUCGACGCAGCAGUCGGUGCCGAUGGAUAGUGAGCAGUCUUUUUUUGCAGCCUUCUCGCCAACUGAUUCGCCAGAGGUUUCGGGAACGGAAUAA